UUUGCAAAAAUUAUGACAACUUCUGUUAAUUUUAUGCAUGGAAAUGCUUGCAGCCGAAACCUAUUCUUGCCAAGAGAAGAUAAGGAGCGUAAGAUCCUCCUCAAUGCCUGCCGACUCUGCCCUUACGAGGAAGUGGCGGAAAUGAAUUGUACUUAUAGAAACGAGGAAUUUCGUCAUCCUACUGGUGAGGAACCUCCUUUGGUCUUGCGACAUGCAUAUGAAGAUCCAACACUUCCUCGGGCGUAUGGACUCAACUGUCCUGUCUGUGAUGAUUCAUAUGUCGUAUACUUUGUGGCUAAGCCCACUGAAAACCUCGUUCCAACCUUUGCCUGCUGUAACCCAAGCUGCGGUCAUAACUGGAGAAACAUAGAUUGAAGCUUUGGCUGAUAAUUGCUUAUUAUUUUCAGUUAUAAUACAAUAAUUCAUAUGAAAAUUUAAAGUAAAUAAAUAAAAUGAGGUAGAUCUUCAAAUUGGAAGUUCCUAUUCGGAACUAAAGCUAAAUAAUUUAUUUUCAUAAAUAGCACGACAUACUUGGCAACUGCUUGGUUUAAUUGCUUGUCUUUUGGCUGCAAGUAUUUGUAAUUCAGAAUGGGAAGCUUUGGCUGAGCUUGACGUUGUUCGAGCUUGAGCUUGCUCGUUCGAGCUCUGUUCAAGCUCGGCUCGAGCUUGAUUCAAGUUUUUAGAUUAAUGUUUGGGCUUGACUAUGUUUUAAAAA